AUGGAAGGCCCGUUGGCCAGCGGCGAGAGUACCAGACCAGGUGAUACAACAGGCACAGCUACCGUUGCAGAGCGCUAUAAAGGCUUGCUAGGCAACUCGUCAAACAAGAGACAAGCCGAUGCUAAUCUUGCCAACCCCGGCGAGAUCGAGCUCCUCAGCCCAUCGAAGCGCCAGGACACCGGUGCACGGAGCGAGGACCUGUUGACGGAGAUGGUCAGGCAAGGACUCGCCGCGGAAGAGAAGGGCAACAAAGCCCUGGCUUUGAUGUACUUCAACAUCAGCUCAGGACUUGGGAAGCAAGGCCGAGAACCGUCAGGAGGAGCCGGGGAGGACCUCCAAACCACUCAACCGAGCCGUACCGGCCCCCAACCAACGGAGAAGGCAACCCAAAACCUUCUUAUGGCAGUACCCACUCCCAACCCAUGGGAGAUGAACUGCCCUACUAUAUCAAUGAACGCCUUCACUUCGGUGACUUUCUUUGCUCUGGUCGUGAUACUACUUCCAGCUCUUGCACACUUCAUUUUCAGGCGUCAUGAGCCCACUGCCUUCCAUUACUUGGUCUUUCAAGCAGUUCUAUUCAUGCCGCUGGUUUUCCUGUUGCAAAAUUCGUUUUUCAAUGGUUUAUUGGCCCUUUCAGCAUUCAAUUUUUCUCUGGCUAUACAGAUAGCCUUCUACCGUCUGUUUUGGCACGAUUUGAGAUCUUUUCCUGGACCAAAGUUAGCGGCACUAACCCAAGCCUGGAUAUUGAGAGAAGCGUACUCAGGUCGGACACGAUUUACAAUGAAGGAAUUGGGUGAAAGGUAUGGAGAAUGGGUUCGAAUUGGUCCCAAUGAGCUCUACACAACUAGUAUAGAAGCUUUAUAUACCAUUAUGGGUGCGAAAGGGUGGCCCAAAGGUCCUUCGUAUGAUAGCGGGAUUACCAAGGGCGACUUAGGAGGAGACAGCGUGUUGACCAUCAAGACAUUGCCUGAGCAUGCUACUAGACGAAGAAUAUGGAAUAAAGCGUUUACACCAAAAGCAAUCGUUGAGUAUCUUCCAUCAAUCGAGAACCGUUUGGAUGAAAUGAUCAGCGUCAUAGAUGACCACGUGAAGCAAAAGAAGAAUGUCGACUUGUGUUUACAACUUGGUUGCUUUGUUUAUGACACGAUGUGUGACAUGGCCUUUGGAGCACCUACUGGGACAGGUUUAUUAAAAAAUCAGAAGGAAAAACAUCGUCUAUUGACCCACAUGGGACGAGUGGUUCGGCAAGUUGGAAUUGUUCGCAACAUGCCCUGGCUGACGCCACUAGUCAAGGCAUGGCCAAGUACUCAAAGAAAAGAGCAAUCUGAGUUCAGGAAUUUCACCAGGUCAAUGUUCCUGAAGCGCAGGAAUCAGGGAUUCGGGUCUCAGUUGGAUGUAUUUCACUAUUUGCUAGGAGAGGAUACCGAGACUGGAACAAGAUUAAACGCAGCGGAAUUGGCAGCAGAUUCCACUUUAUUGGUGAUCACUGGCUCAGAUACAACCCGAACGGUAUUCAUUGCGUUUUUCUUAUACAUGUUGAAGCAUCCUAGUUGCAUGGAAGAAUUGCAAGCAGAAUUGAUGGCUGCACCCGAUUUAUCUCCGCCAACGCUUGGCCAACUUCCGUAUCUGAACGCAUGUCUUCAAGAAACCAUGCGGUUGCAGCCUCCUUCGCCUGCGAAUCUUCAGCGCAUGUGUCCUCCGGGAGGUGCUGUGAUCUGCGGAAGGCACAUUCCUGAAGGAACCAAAGUUCGCUUUAGCAACUAUGCGGUUCAGCGAGAUGAAAGAUACUUUGAUCAACCUGACGAAUUUCGUCCUCAGCGCUGGCUCAAAAACCCAGAGAAAGAGAAGUUGGGCGAAGGAGAAGGCACCGAAAGGUUGAACGAAAGAGCAUUUUUCAGCUUUUUAAUUGGCCCAGGAGCUUGUGUUGCAAAAAAUUUGGCCUGGAUGGAAAUGAGAUUGGUUGUCGCCACGUUAUUAACAAGCUACGACGUUGCAUUCGCCAAAGGCUUUGAUCCUGUAGCUUUUGAAUCUUCAUGGACCGACGCUUACCUGUUGUUAAUCGAGGAGCCAUUUGAAGUCACAUUUACGCCUAAAGCCGGUCGAUUGAGAUAA